AUUUUCAAUCGGUAAACAAUUUUCACAGUUGUAGUUCGUGCGCGCUUAGAUUGAAACAUACAUUCUCAAGCACAAAUUGCAGUGUUAAUCAAAUUCACUGAAAUGAUAAAGAAUUAAAUUGACAUACAUUCACAAUAAAAGAACGAAAAAAAAAUUAAACGAUUUUCAACGAUAGGCAAAGAAGCGAAAAAAAAAUUAUCAAAAGAAAAAGUACUGUGAAGAAAAUAGUGCAAUAAAUUUCGCGACUCUUGAAAUAUCAAAUUUCUUCAAAGCCACACACACGACAACAACAACAACAAAAAGUCGAAAGUCCCAUUGAAAUAUACAUUGAAAAAGGUCGAUCAAUUUUGUCCUUUAAAAAAGAAGUUUAUUUUCGUUUGAAUCGAAAGUGACAGUACGAAAUAGAUUCAUUUUUGUAUGUGAUUUUGAUUAAGAACUGUGAAUUUCCAACAGACAUUUAUACAACACAUACACACAAUUUGUUUUUUUUUGUUGUUGUAAUGUUCGUUGUUCGUGUAUUGUUUAUUCGGGCUGCAUAAACAUGCGAUGUGACGAAAUUCACCACUGAUAUACGAUGUUCAACGUAUGAUUAAAGGAUAAUCGGAAGUUUUAAAGGUUCUGUAAGUCGGUCAACAACUACAAAUUAUAAUUGAAAUAAGUGCUUGCAUAUAUAUGUUAGAAGACGGCACGACGCCACAUUCAAAAUCAUCGACGUCAUCGUGUCAAUCGUUUUCAACUUUAAAACAAAAAAAAAACACGAAGAUCACGAUAGCAAUUUAUAUAUAUAUAUAUAUAUAAAUAUGAAGUGAAAUCGUCUUAAAUUUACCGAAAUUGCGCGCGCAAUUCAUUUUCUUAAAAAUAGAAAAUUCACAACCACAAACGCGAUUUUACACUAUUCUGCAACGUACAUUGACGAAUGUGCAACAACGGCAGCAGUAGCGGCAGCAGCAAAUCAAAAUAUAUAUAUCAAUAUAUUGUAUCGAUGUAAAAAAAAAAACCGAAUCGUGUUAUAUUUAUUCUGGAUGCAGUUCAAUUUGAUUGUACAAAUCGAAUUCAAUUGAUUGGUGGCUGGUUGUUUGAAGGCAAGGGAAAAAGGAAAUUGAAAACGGAAAGUGACACACUGUGUAAGUUAGUUGAAAACCAAUUCGAUAGAAGGCGGCUGAACACGACAGCAGUUCAAAAGCCAUUACGGAAACCGGAACAAAAGAUGUCAUAAUAUGGGCUUUGCGUGCAAAUGGGUGCGUCAAAAAACUCAACGAGACUGCAACCAAGUGAAAAAGCCAAAGCAAAACAAAGACCAUCACCAACAAAUCGAACUAAUCAAAAAUAGCGUUGAUCGUUCAAUAAAUUCGGUGGUAUUGCGUAAAUCAAGCCGGCGACGACAACGUGACAAAGAUCGAUACGCAUGGCAAACAAUCAACGAAAUAACAACAGUGACACAAAAUAGCAAUAGCAAUACGAAAACAAUUCGAAAUUUGGUAACAAGAGAUGACGAAGAUGAUAUUGAUAUUACAUUUGAAAAACUGGACGAUGAAAAAAUGGCUAACAGUUGCACAAUUGCAAAAUCGAUUCCAUCAAACCGACGUCGUUCGCUAACACCCUAUUUGGAACAAACGAAAUGCGAAAUGGAUUCGAAUGAAUUCAAAAUGUGUUCAACGACAAUGGGUGCCGCCGACCACCAAAUUGUGUGCCGUUGCAAAUGUGAAACUAUGUCAAAAUUACGCGCAUUGUUUGCUGCUCCGCUUUGGUUUGCCGGCAGCAAUUCAAUUUCGCGUUUCAUUCAUAUGAUUAAUUUUAAACGAAAAAAUAAUGCAAAUAAUAAUAAUAAUAAUGAUCAACAACAACAACAUCAUCAUCACAUUUUUACGUUGCCUCCGUCACAACACACCGAACAACUCGAAACCAUUGCACCCACCAAAAUAAAAACAAAUUACAAUAAUAAUAAAAACCAAAUUAAAACACAACAUGGAAGACGACGACGCAGCAUCAACAACAGCGCCAACAAUAUGAAUGACAGUGUGCACAAUAAAUGCGAUCGAAUUAAAAGUAUUUAUAAUAAAGGUCAUAAUAAUAGAAGUAUUUUAACGAGUAGCCAGUGUUUUAUACGACAAUCAGUUUGUUUAUAUGCGGCAUCAGGUUUUCUAAUUGCAUUAUGCUUUUUGGCGAUACCAGCAGCAGCAUCAAUAGAUUCAUUGCAUCCAAUAUUUGCCGAAGGAAAAUCCGAUAAGGAAAUAUUAGAUCAUCUGUUAAAAAAUUCACGUUACGAUAAAAGACUUUUACCUCCAGUUGAUGAUGCGGAUUUUUGCUGUGGUAUGGAUACGCCAGAAAAAGCUAAAAAUGUAUCUGGUUGGCUACCUGGGCGCGCACAGAAUCGUGACACGUUGACUGUUAACGUUAGUGUACUUCUACUUAGCUUAGCGUCUCCGGAUGAAUCGAGUCUGAAAUAUGAAGUUGAAUUUUUAUUGCAGCAACAAUGGUACGAUCCGCGACUACGGUAUGCAAAUCAAUCGCAAUAUGAAUACUUAAAUGCGAUCCACCAUCACGAAGAAAUAUGGUUGCCCGACACCUACUUCAUAAUGCAUGGUGACUUUAAGGACCCAAUUAUUCCGAUGCACUUUGCACUACGAAUUUAUCGGAACGGCACAAUAAACUAUUUGAUGAGACGACAUUUGAUUUUAUCGUGCCAAGGACGGUUGAAUAUAUUUCCAUUUGACGAUCCCUUAUGCUCAUUUGCAUUAGAAAGCAUAUCGUACGAAUUAUCGCAUAUAACAUAUGUUUGGAAGAACGAUGAGGAUACUUUACGUAAAAGUCCAUCUUUAACAACGCUUAAUGCAUAUUUAAUACAAAAUGCAACAACUACGUGCCCGAUUAAGGCUAGCUGGAGAGGUAAUUACAGUUGCCUUAAGGUUGAUCUCAUAUUCACAAGAGACCGAGCUUUUUACUUUACAACCGUAUUCAUUCCGGGCAUAAUUCUGGUUACGUCAUCGUUUAUUACAUUUUGGUUGGAGUGGAAUGCUGUUCCAGCUCGUGUUAUGAUCGGUGUAACGACAAUGUUGAAUUUUUUCACAACAUCCAACGGUUUCAGAAGUACACUGCCUGUGGUAUCGAACUUAACGGCGAUGAAUGUAUGGGACGGUGUUUGUAUGUGUUUCAUUUACGCAUCGUUGCUAGAAUUCGUUUGCGUUAAUUAUGUUGGCCGAAAGCGUCCGUUACACAAUGUCGUCUAUCGACCUGGUGAAAAUCCGGUUACACAGCGACUUCCAGCUGUACUUAGCCGAAUCGGAGUCAUCUUGGCUAGUCCUCUGGAAAUAAUUGAAUCGGAAUUUUUGGCUGCAACGGCAUCCGAUAAAAUGCAUACAACAACAAAUGCGGGAACGAACCAACCGACAACGAAUUCGUCAAAAUUACAUUUAUCAAUUCGUAAACAUAAAGCGAAAUGUGAUGCAACAGCACAUGCAACAGAAGUGCCAUCUACAUCACAGGAUAUCACCGGAUCGCAUGAUAACAAUACAUUUGAAAACAGCCAACGAGCACCAACAACGACUAAUGAUCAAAAAGAUACCAACAACAAUCGAAUGAGACAGCAUCAAAUGGAUUUCGAUGCUGAUGCUUCGGUUGGAAUCAUGCAAGCAAGUGGCGGUGAUAAAGUUGAACGUCUUACUGAAAUUGAAAUGAAGACGAUGGACUCGUUAAAACCACAAAGACGUAAACAACCAUUGAGCAUUCGUACCGAAGGUGAAAUUAAACAACAGCAUUGCGGUUGCAUUCAAAUACCAAUCGAACAUGCCGAUGUUGUUGAAGAUGAUAAAAUAAUGGCUCAUGACCCGGGAGAGAAAAAACGUGAUGCUGGAGGUCCCAAUGAAAUCGUGGCGUGUACAAAUUGCGGCGGUGGAUCAACACCAUGCACACAUUCGGCGAAUAACGGAUGUGCAACUGAGACUUGUUUCGUUCCAAUGAGGAAAAAGGAGCCACCGCAUCCGAUUCGAGUUGCUAAAACAAUUGAUGUCAUUGCGCGCAUAACAUUUCCAACGGCCUAUGCAAUAUUUUUGAUAUUCUUUUUCAUCCAUUACAAAGGGUUUUCAUAAGGAUAUGGAACAAACAAUCAACACACACUCACUCUCACACAAUGAAGAAGGAUAGCUCGACUCGAAUCAAUGAUUCGUAGCAUAAAUUAUAAAACCAAAAUGAAACGUAACGCUGAUUCCAUGCUCCCGCCUCCCAUUAUUGUUGAAAUCAUUGCAAUGAAACCCUCGUUUUCGGCUCUGUUUAGAUAAGUAACUCGCAUCAUUUCAUAGAUCCAUACGAAACAAGCAGACAGGAGAUAUGAAAUGAAAGGAUAGAAAAAAUGCACGGGAAACACAAACACACGCAGACACAUCUCCAUUCUCAUUUGUGCAUAAACGCUCUCUUUUAAAGCCAUGAAGCAGUCAUUUAACGGGAAAAAAAGAAACAUAAAGAAAAAACUGAACUUUGCAGCUUCUUGUAUGUGCCAUAUUCUAUACAUGUAUCUUAUAGAGCAAAAAGAGAGAAAACGGAACAAAGUGAAAAUUAAGAAAUGGAGUUGAUUUUGUGUUCACGUCUCUGAUCAAAUAUUGCAUACAAGCCAAAUGCCAAUACCGAAAUGAAAAACUAAAAUUGACGUAACUAAAUGCACGUAUUAUCUUAUCGAUAAGAGCUCUACCCAAAACUGCCUUUUUAUAAUAUAUAUGUACAUAUGAUAUUUAAAAAAAAAACAAGUAUUUCAGUCUAAUGAUCAAACACGCAUAUUUUGAAUGUUUCUUGAUUAAAAAAAAAAAAAAAACAAAUACACAAAACAUCAAGAACACGUCAAAUGGGAAAAAAGAAAUAUUGUGUGUGUCAAAGCCUAUCGUUGGAGUACAAUGCACCAAACAACCAACAAA